CAAAAGUUACAUCAUUUCAUAUUUUUGGUAACCAUUACAUGCAGGGUACGCUGAUUAACCGACGAUAUAGCCUAUUGUAUGGCAUCUUUAUGAGGAACCCCUGAUUUCAUUAGGUUGAUUGUAUGGGGAUGCAACAAAAGACGACAAGCACGUGAUGAUGCCAACAUUUGAUAGGGCGUCGCACUUGUGGAACAGAGCCUUCGGAUACAACAUGGUCUCUCGAGUAAAGGAAAGCGCCGAGGGUAGUUAAAGAACCGAACCAUUGAUAAGGUUUAUAUGUGUGUUCUGUUAUUCGAAUAUCAUCAUGCGCCUGUACAACGCCCAGGACAUUACGGUGGAAUGGGAAUCUGUGUUGGCAGAGAGAAUAUCAUUCGAUCUGCUUGGAGAGUGGUAAAUGUCCGCUUAUUAUAUCCAGUCACAGUCAAAGGGCGUCUGCACGCGCCAUGCGCUCAAGGAUUUAUGCUUCACUUGCGCCCCCCUCCCCGUCUCGAUCAGGACUACGCAUGAUAGAUAAGUAAUUGUUGAACCUUUGAUUAGCAACUUCCGAAACAAUGGCGACAACAAGAUCUGUCGAUGAUGCACUGUCUGAGGAAGAAGCAAGAAUAUCUUCAAUUGUUCUCUUUACUUUGAAUAAGAUUCUUCCACCUGCUGUAAUCGUUGGAGGACUGGUCGGUAACCUCCUCAUAUAUUUGGUUCUAAAGCAACCGCAAUAUUCUAAACAGACGACGUGUUUCUUCAUGAGGAUGCUUGCAAUAUGUGAUACCACUAGCCUUGGCCAUAACGUCAUCAGAACAGUGAUAGCCUAUCAUCCAACAUUCAUGCUAUUACAAUCCGGCAGCGCCGUUUGUCCGAUCAUGGCGGCCUUCACCUGCGUGUACGGGCUCUCCAAUUGGACGACAGCAGCCAUGACCUUUGACCGUUUCCUUGCUGUCAGAUAUCCUCUAAAGGUAGCGUCAUGGAGCACGAUGAGACGAUGUAGGAUGAUCGUUGGGUGUAUUGUCAUUUUAGAAAUGAGUGUUUUGAUACCAUACAGUUUCCGUACAGUAGACGAAACAGCCUUGGUUAUGAAAGAAAUCUGCACAUUCUUACCAGUCAUACCUGUUGCCGCCUACAGCGUGCUUCAUGGCCUCCAAUCAUAUGGUCUCUUUACGACGCCAUUUUGUUUGAUAUUCAUCUUCAAUAUCUCAAUUAUUACUACACUCAUCCAAGAAAAGAUCCGGAAACGGAAGUCAAUGCUUACGUCUUCUGGUAAAACAUCACAAGAUGGCCAAAUCACGCUGAUGUUGUUGCUGGUGACGUCAGUGUUUUUCGUGACCAACCUUCCCUUCACAUUUGAUCAACUGAUCUGGGAUCCAAACCAAGUUUUGACUCCAAGAUUAGCAAUGAUAAGGAAGAUAACCUAUGAGUUCGAAGUAUUCUUACUUUUUCUCAACCCCUCGGUUAAUUUCUACACAUAUUGUUUGGGCAGUAAAAAGUUUCGCCAAGACGUCUCAUCUGUGUUGAAGAGAGCAUUAAAAUUGAGCGUAAUAUAGAUAUGAACACCA